AUGCUUGCUCUUUCCAUUACCCAGCCCAGCACCGUUAGCCCGUCUCAUGGUAUUCCCGAGCUCCUAACACAGCCUGAUUCUCGUUUACCCCCCUACCGCUCAUUGUUCUUGAGUCGUUAUCAUCCCUAUGGCAGGACCACGGCGCGUCGUAGGGGAGGAGACUCGAUACAAACGGUGGGUUGUCGCUUUUAUGACGAGGGACAGUACAGGCCUAGUUUGGCUCUUUCGGUAGUUGAGGAGGAAGAUGAGGAAGUCGUUAAUAACCUCGCUCUUCUCGUUCCUGUCGUACAUGGAGAACAACCUGUCCAGCCGCGCAACAGGUUGACGCGUGUUGGAAUCGUUGAGCUUGUCGUUGAUUUGGCGUUGGCAAUGCGACGUAGAUUCCGGAAGUCUCAGGGCAAGACAGCGACGCCGCUGUAG